AGGUAAUUGGCUGGAUCAUUGAUGCACUGGAUGGAGGCGAGGAGGAUGCCAGGGCUGAACUAUGGUGGUAGGCUGCUGGUGGGGCGAGGGGUAGGUUUUGGGUUGAGAAAACCCUAACACCAGGGAAGGUCAGCGGCGUAAGUAGCUAGGAUUUUACGUGUGGGGGGAGGCACAACGGAGGCACCCGCAUUUUAGGAGGCACCAGCUUACAGUGGUGUUUUGGGGAGCAAGAUUUUGUUAGCCUUAAUCAAUCUCCACUCAUCCUUGGGGGGGGGGCGCACGUGCCCCAGGCUCCCCCUUGCUACACCACUGAGGGAGGGGGGGGGUUCGGGACCAGGCGGGUAUAGGAGACCCAUAUGCCCGGGAGGGGGUGACCUUAGUAGCGGAUGCCAGAUGUCGCUGAGCUGGAAUCCUACGUCUCGUGGAUCAUGGUGGAGUAUCGCUUCAUUGAUUCUUCUAGCUUGGUCUAAUACCAACACCAGUCUGUGGCAAAGAAUGUGGCCUCUGAUGUCAGUCAUGACCUCUUCUAGAGGGAUAUCAGUGGACCAGCUUCACAGGCGAGGCCCCUUCCACAAGAAACCCAAUCCCAAUAAGACCCACCCGACUGACCACCGGCCCCAGCUGAAGGGUGUGGUCUUGAAGACUCUGAUUAGGAAACCCAAGAAACCCAACUCGGCCAACAGGAAGUGCGCCAAGGUGCGGCUGAGUAAUGGCAGGGAAGUGGUGGCAUUCAUCCCAGGGGAGGGUCACAAUCUUCAGGAACACAACAUUGUCUUGGUGGAAGGGGGCAGGACUCAAGAUCUACCCGGGGUCAAACACACAGUCAUCAGGGGAAAAUUUGACUGUGGACACGUUGUCAAGAAAAAGAAAUAACACCAGUGCUUCUAUUUUUGAAAAUACAAUAUUGAGAUGGUAUUAAUUUGUUUUGCACAUUUGUUUCGAAUGCUAAACCACAUUUCCGCCAACAGUCCCAAAGUCACCAAUAUUGAUAGAAGUUUGCCUACUGCCACUUUGAAGCAGGAUGUUGAAUAAUAUUUUUCUCAGAUGUAACAUUCAACAAUGGUAGCCAAUCGUCAUAAAAUGAACUUCCAACAUUUCCUGAAGGUUGCUGAUAUUUUGAAAAUGUAUUAUUUGGAGGGUAUGAUUGAAAUAGCAUCAUCGUGCAACAGUGUUUUUGAGAUAAUGAUCUUUUUGAGAACUGUAUACAAUAGAAUCUCAUUAAUAAGAAGUCUUUUGGACCACUUGUUAUACAUGUAUCAGGAUUCUUGUAUUAUCAGGAAUGAGAACAAUGGAGAACAGAAGCUUGGAACCUAAAAAUGUCUCUGUUGUAUUGACAGUGCUCUUAUAAACAAGGUUCGCCUGUAUCGAUAUUUCAAAAGUUGAAAUUUGAAAAUUCAAUUGUAAAAUGCAACUGACAACAAUUAGUAAUGAAAGGAAAUGUAGAAAUUUAAAUGGACGUAAAACCAAAUUUUGGCAAAGCCAAAUUAGCCAAUUUUUUCACAAGAUUUGUACAAAUUAUAUACUAGCCCAUUUGCUACAAUAAAAUGUCAAUACAUGUAUGUAUGCCUUCGUUGCACAUGAUAGUGGCCUUUGGUUUUCCGCAGAGAUUACAAUGAUGAGAAAGAAUUCUGGAUGAACCUUGUUCAAAAACUCGAGAAAGUAAGAUAGCUGUGAUGAGAUGCAGAUGUAUCUAAUUUAUAAUUUUAGUCCGUGUGAUGUAACCAGGAAUUCUGAACACUGACUGGAAUAUCUAGUAAACCUCUGUACCACAUGUACCUGACUACCAUUGUUAAUUACAUCCUCCCAUUGUUAAUUACAUCCUCCCAUUUAUUGGUCACCUACAUACAUGUCUAGUACAGGUGCGGUUUCUAUCUCCUCCCAUUUAUUGGUCACCUACAUACAUGUCUAGUACAGGUGCGGUUCGUACCUCCUCCCAUUUAUUGGUCACCUACAUACAUGUCCAGUACAGGUGCGGUUCCUACCUCCUCCCAUUUAUUGGUCACCUACAUACAUGUCCAGUACAGGUGCGGUUCCUAUCUCCUCCCAUUUAUUGGUCACCUACAUACAUGUCCAGUACAGGUGCGGUUCCUAUCUCCUCCCAUUUAUUGGUCACCUACAUAUUUGUCCAGUACAGGCGCGGUUCCUACCUCCUCCCAUUUAUUGGUCACCUACAUACAUGUCCAGUACAGGUGCGGUUCAGGGGGGGUUAACUCCCCUCCUCAAAACUUACCUGCUCCCUUGAAAAAAUGCAAAAAAGCAGUACCGAAUGUUAAAAGGUGACAUCACAUGCGAAGAGUCCAGCCCCCCUCUAAAACUGCGCCUGGUCCUGUAUAUGAGGGUUUUUUCUGUUCCACUCCUCUGUUGUGGCUUUUCAGACCUUGUCAAAGGAGUAGCUCAAAUAAAUGGCAUUUCCCCUUGAAGUUUUGAAUGUUCUUGUAAGAUUUUAUUAAAAUUACACAUACGUGUGUAUUAAACAGAUACUUUUUAAAAAAUAUAUGGUUAACCGAAACAGAUUUACUUAGCUUAGCGCUGAUAGAAUGAUUGCGGUUAACUUGGUGUUCUAGUCAGGACAAAUGAACAGAGUGAGUGCUAAAGAAAUGAGAAAAAAAUAGGUAGCAAAAUUAGUCCAUCUAAAUUUGUUGUACAGUUUCCCCACGACGCAGUGUACGAGAUAUGAACUGUUGGCAUUUGUUUUGUAUUCUACUAAUAAUACUUGAAAAAAGUUGCUGUAUUAUGCUCAGAAGUUUUUCUGGAUCGAUACUGAGGAAAGAAAUUCUUAUCAAAGCAGAUAACAUGAUUUGAAUGUCAUGAUCACCCUAAAUAACUCUGAUUAAGCAGUAGAUGUGGCAGUAGCAGUCCUAGUUGAUUAAAAUGUGACAUUUACAUUAUAAAGUGUAACAUUUAAAGAGCACCUGUAAGUAAAACAUGUUUUCUCUGAUUUUAUCUAUUCAAAUACAGUAAAUGUGGGAGCAUUCAUAUCGAACGCAGUGUCAUUUGACUUCUGAUUUCAACUAUAACAAACUAAAAAGUGCUUUUUUUCUGUUCAUGCCAAGAUUAGAAUUCUGUGCGAAUACUAUGCAAUGUUGCCAUUGUUUGGCACGCACAAGGGUUUACCACUACGAACACAGGGCGAAGGUUCUCGUUUUCUCUGUUUUAGUCUCCGAAUGAUGCAAUCUACCUUCAAAAUCCGCAUCUUGGCAUAAACAGAAAAAAACCUUCUUAGCUUGUAGUUGAGCUGUGAGAGAAAUGACACUGCGUUGCAUUUGUAUGCUUCCGUAUUUAUUUGAACAGAUAAAAUCAGAGAAAACAUGUUUUCCUUAGAGGUGCUCUUUAAUAUGCUUUGAGAAAGUCUACUUUCUUUGAAAAUAACUGUGCCCCUAUUCACAUCGUAGGUUUUCAUGUGAAAUCACAAACAGACCUGGCAGCAUUUCAGAAAUAAUUGAUCUUGACAAGGAUUUGGUUGGUGAAGUUUCUCA